AUGUCCACAUUCUUUUCUCUAUAUUUCCUGUUCGUCUCUCUCUCUCUCUCUCUCUCUCUCUCUCUCUCUCUCUCUCUCUCUCUGUGUCUAUCUAUCUAUCUAUCUAUCUAUCUAUCUAUCUAUCUAUCUAUCUAUCUGUUGACAUUUGUUCAAGUCUAUUCGUAUCUAUCAGUUUAUCUAUCGGUCUAUUUCUUUAAAAGCAAAGAAAAAAGAAAUCCCCCCUUCCUCUCUCUUUCUCUCUCUCUCAUGAUUCGAAAUCAUUUUUAUCACCAUUUUCUUUUUUCACUGAAAAAUUCUUGUCUGACUCGUUGUCUUUGUUUUCUUCUUCUUCUUCUUCUUCUUCUUGAACAAAGGAAAGAAAACGAUAAGUUUUUUGUUCACCGCCCUCCCCGAUUUCCUAUCUACUUCCUUAAGGUUUGUUUCUAUCUAUCUAUCUAUCUAUCUAUCUAUCUAUCUAUCUAUCAGGGAUUUUCUCUCUUUCAUACAUCCUUUUCUUCUCUCUCUUAUUGCUCAAUCCUCCCCUUCACUUCCUUUCCCUCGCUUAAAAACUUUUUAUUAUUACUUUAUUCUUACCUUCUCUCUCUCUCCCUCUCUCUUUCUCUCUCCCUCUCUCUCUCUCUCUCCCUCUCUUAUAUUGGUCUAUCCCUCUAUUUAUCUGUCUCUGUUUCCUUAAAAGAUAAGGAAAAAAAUCUCUCUUUUAUAGAAUCUUUCCUUCUCUGUCUUUACGCCUCAUUCUCCCCUUCACUACUUUCCAUCCCUUAUUAUCUCUCUCUCUCUCUUUAUCUAUCUAUCUAUCUAUCUUUUAAAUAUUGA